AGAGGCGUGUGUAGGUUCAAGAUGGCGGCGCCGGACGAGUUGUUUUGUUGGGAAGGAGACUGGGGUCUUCCGUCCGUCAGCUCCGACUGCCUGGUGGUUCUGGCCUACGCUCAGUUCGCAGGAGCUCCCCUCAAACUGAAGAAGAUGUCCAACCCCUGGCGGAGUCCCGGCGGUUCACUUCCUGCUCUGAGGACCAAUCAAAAAGAAAGUCUGUCCAGACCCUCUGAAAUCAUCAUACACCUGAGGAAACAGAAAUUUAACGCAGACUUCGAUCUGUCGGCGAAGGAAAGUGCCGACAGUCUGGCGUUCAUCUCUCUGAUGGAGGAGAAGCUGACGCCUGCUCUGAUUUACACGUUCUGGGUGGAACCAAAGAACUACGUGGAUGUGACUCGCCGCUGGUACGCAGAGCACCUGCCUUUCCCUCUGAACUUCUUCCUGCCCGGGCGGAUGCAGCGGCAGCAGUUGGAGAAGCUGCGACUGCUGCGAGGAGAAGAGAUCCUGGAGGCCGGAGAGGAGCUGGAGAAGGAGUUGUACCGUGAUGCUACCGAAUGUAUGAACCUGCUUUCCCAACGACUCGGCUCGCACAAGUUCUUCUUCGGAGACUCGCCGUCGGCUCUGGACGCCUACGUGUUCGGUCACCUGGCGCCGGUCCUGAAAUCCAAACUGCCCAAUGGGAAACUGCAGCAGCAUCUGAAGUCACUGGACAACCUGAGCAGCUUCUGCAUCAACAUCCUGCUGCUCUACUUCCCCCGAGACGACCGAGAGAGCUCCAAUCAGAAGAUGGCGUCUCAGCCCGAAGGUGGAGACUUCGACCACGUGCCCAACAAGCGGAGGAAGCAGUUCCUGUCGGCUCUGGCGGCUCUGGGCGCCAUGCUGAGCUACGCCCUCCUGACCGGCAUGGUGUCCAUCCAACACGUCCACCAGGAGGCGCUGGAGGAGCCGCCGGACCUGCAGACCAUCGGGUCCCAAGACCACGAGGAGGAAGGAGACGGGUGAUGAAGGACGGAGGCUGAGAUGUUGGACAGGAGACAGAUUCUCAUCCUGGACGAAUGUAAAUUAAUUAACGAUGAUUCUGUGAUUCGUGAAGAAACUUUUAACUGUUACAUUUUUUAAUUUGAUUCAAAACGCGAUCGACUUUUUGUUUAGAUAAAAACUUUUUUUUGAUCCCAUCAACGAUGAAAAUCACUUUUUUUUUCUCAUUUUCUUCCUUUAACAAUAAAAAUAUGAAACAAUAAAUGUAUUCAUAUAAUAAAACUCCUCUUCAGCUUUA